AGCGGGGAGGAGAAGAAUCCACUUGCAAAGUGCUUCAUGAAGGGCUCAGACUUGAAAGAGCAGUUUGCCUCAGCUAGUUCAUAUUAAACUGACUGCAAUUGCACAUCAGGGGCAUAUUCUACAGGAUGCAUAGGAUGUAUCUUGACAGAAGGUCAAGCAGCUAAGUUACCUUGGAUAUGCUGAAGAUGUAUGUCCAGGAAGUAGUAAUUGAAGAUGGUACAACUGCGUAUCAGAACUGGGUUGUGCCAGGGAGUGCAGUCUACAGGCAGUUCUGGUUCUUUGAUGUACAAAAUCCAGAUGCUGUAAUAAAGAAUGGAUCGCAACCAGUACUUGAGCAGAAGGGUCCUUACACCUACAGGGUGCGAUACUUAGCCAAAGAAAACAUCACAGAACAUCCUGACUUCACAAUAUCUUACAUGCAGCCAAAUAUUGUCCACUUUAUGCCAAGCAUGUCUAUUGGGACGGAAGAUGACAACUUCACAUUUGUCAACCUUGCUGUUGUGGCUGCACCUGCUUUGUAUCCGACUCCGUUAGUGCAAGCCUUGAUGAACAUGUUCGUUGUGUCAUCAAAAUCGAAGCUCCUUCAGACCAGAUCAGUGAAAGAGAUCCUCUGGGGCUACAAAGACCCUUUCUUGGCAAGCAUCCCUAAGAAAGAUGUUCCAACCACAGUCGGUGUUUUCCUUCCUUACAAUGAAACCUUUGAUGGGCCCUACAGAGUCUUCACUGGGAAGGAGGACACUGAAAAGACAGCAAUAAUCCAAAGUUACAAAAACAAAAGCACCGUUCCAUACUGGGAUCAAUACUGCAAUAUGGUCAAUGGUACAGAUGGGGCGUCAUUCCCACCUUUUCUCAAUAAGGAACAAGUGCUGUAUUUCUUCUCUUCUGAUAUCUGCAGGUCAAUCUACGGCCUAUUUGACAGUGAGCAAGUUGUGAAGGACAUCACACUCUAUCGCUUCAUCGUACCUCCAGCUGCUUUUGCAUCUCCAAGAGAGGUUCCUGAAAACAUUUGCUUCUGCACAGAGAGAGAGAUAUCCAGGGACUGCACAUCAGCUGGGGCACUGGACAUCAGUUCCUGCAAAGCAGGAAAGCCAGUAUAUAUCACGCUACCCCACUUCUUGUAUGCGAGUGAAGACGUUACUUCAGGAGUUGAAGGGCUGAGUCCGAAUCUGCAGGAGCACAUGACUUAUUUAGAUGUGGAACCGACAACAGGAUUUACACUACAGUUUGCCAAAAGGCUGCAGGUGAACUUAUUGGUGAAGCCAAACAGCAAGAUUACGCCUUUAAAAAAAGUUCAGAGACCCUUUCUCUUUCCUAUUCUGUGGCUAAAUGAGUCAGCUGUGAUCAGUGAUGAAAAAGCAGCAUUCUUCCGAGCCAAAGUGACGGGUAAGAUCAAGCUGCUGCACCUGGUGGAAGCUGUGCUCAUCAUUGUUGGCUCUGUGAUGUUCCUGGCAUUCCUGGUCGCCUUUUUAAUAUGCAGAACACAGAAAUCAAAAUAACUAUCAAGCUACAGCAGAGGUAGGCAACAGUCCCUUCAGACUUCAAGCAAGGGAAGGGGGGGAUUAAUCUCCCUGAUGACCUUUCUGAUGGUAUUGCUGGAGUGUGCUUUUGUGAGUGAAAUAAGCUGUGAAAGGAACGCCACCUCAGUAAGGAAGUGAAGCAUGGGCCUCUUGGUUGAAGAAGAGCCAUUUAACACCAAGAGAAAGACUAGCAUGAAAUCUGAAUUUCUGAAGUCCUUUGAGCUGCCUAGUAACACAACGCCUUCAGCUACUUCAAAGGGAACUGCGAUCUGGAACCAAGCCUGUGCUGUUAUUCAUGCACCUCAAUGUCCCCUCCCAUUGUUUUCUACCUUGGGACUUGUAGAAAGAGUCACUGGCCAAAACUGCCAAGCAUCUUAGACGCAACGAUAUCCUACUUUCAUAAAUAUGUGCAAUCCUCUUUCUCCUUCCACCACUUUGAAGAAACGAAGCUGAGCUGUUCUUCCUGUCUUCCAGAUAUGCGCAUUGCUUGAGUCCAGACCCAUAGCAUCGGGGUGUCAGUAAAGCUGUUGUCCACAGCCGCCUCUGUUCACUUGUGUUUGUGCUCAACUCAUUGCAAGUACACACUCACGCACACUACACUUCUUGCCACAGAUGUGGAGAGGAGCAGGCCGAGGUCACACCCAGUAAUUACUCUCCAAAACUCUUCUUGUGCGAACCUGUAGAACUUGACUCCAGAAUGUUUUUUCAGACAUUCUCCUUGCCUUGGAGCAAUAUGAACAAUGCCAGUAAUCCUCUGUUAUGCCACAUUUGUGUGUUUCAGGCAAGCAGAAGCUCAGUCCCAGAGGCUAAAUGCGUUGCACACAAGGCUUCCUUCUGGCUAUUCCAGUGGCCUCAUCUAAGAAAGGACAAAUAACUGAUUUUUGCAGAUUCUCUGAACAACAUUUCUUGCAUUCAUUGGUGCUCUUCUUGUGGUUUCAUCCAAACCAGAAAAGUUCACAUUUCAAACAGGAAAAAGUGCAUUUUUUACAAAGUGUACCAAAAAUGUGCACCUCCUUCAUAGAGUGUGCAAAGACCAGUUCAAGAAUUGCAAGGCAUUCUUGGUGAUCUUGCACUCCUGCUCUUUGCGGGGUGGGGGACAAAUUAACAUGAUUUGGAAGCAAAAAUAAAAUUCUUACCUGGCCCUAGUCCAACCAGCAAUGUCUGGGUGGUUUCUUGGCAUUUUUUCCCCACUCCAAAACGUUGAAAAGCCACCCUUAAGGGUAGGUUACUUGUGAUCAGAGCUUCAUGCUAAAAUAUGUUGGGAACGUCUCCAAAAUAGAAUUUAGUAUUCACAUGCAAAAAAGGCCUGCCCCUUUGGUGUAUGUGGUGAGCUUAAAGGCUCAGUAAGCGAUGGAGCUGCAAAGUCCUUCCCCUCAUCUAGGUGGACCUUGGGAGCAACUGACCUGCCAGAGAGGUGAAAGAUGCAGGCAGCAGCUCACAGGUCCACAUCUGCACCUUGCCCAGUAUGAGCAUCCCAGGGAACUGGCUACUCCACUUUGCUCCUCCCUUCCUUGGUGCUUUUCACCUUUAUAACUUGGAUGUGACUGUCUCUGCAUGUACAUAACUCCAGAUGCCCAUUUUAUUAUGUUUAUGUUGAAAAUAUAUUACCAUUGUCUACAACGAAA